GCGGAUAAAAAACAAGACCAGGCUCAUACUAAAAACACUCAGCUUUCUUAUUGCCUAUUAAAGAGGACUAGACUCUGUAGUUAGGUUUAUGUGAAUUUGAAUAAUUGCGAUUCCUUCGAUCCUUCUUGCCCAAUGUCCAUGGAUUCACUCUUGCUCCCCGUCACCCAAUCACCCCCGGAAAUCUGCGAUGACAAGCGGCUGAAAUCGGAGCCGGAUAAGCUAUCGGAACUGGUACUGGAAUCAUAUAUUGCAUCGGAUACGGAAUCCGAAUAUGAAUCCGAAUAUGAAUCCGAAUCCGAAUUCGUAUCCGAAUCGGAAUCGGAGUCGGAACUGGUACCGGAACAGGAUCCAGAACUGGUACCGGAACAGGAACCGGAAUCUGAAUCGGAACCGGAAUUAGACCCGAGAUCGGAUUGGGAGUUAAUACCAAUUGAAAAGUUGACGGUGAAUGAUUUGGCUAGCCGUUAUGACGAUGACCCUUCUCCUUUUUGUUUUGGAUGUCCGCAAUUUGUGUAUAAGAAUAAAGCCCUCCUUAAAAGAGAGGAGGACUCAGAGAAAGCCCUCGCUGAGUAUUUAGAGCUCUCUUGUGACGUAUCUCCCUUCGAUGCCAUUCCUAUUCCACCCUUAGCAAUUGCUGAUCGUUGUGGCUGUAACUUUCCCGCUCCCGUUGAAUUAACAGAAGAAUGUGGCCUUCUUACUGACCUCUCCAAUCUUGCUCUGGAAAAGUUUAAUGCUAAGAAUAAGGGUUCAAAUUUCGUGUUUGAUGAACUUGUCAAGGCAGCCUAUAGUCCAUUUCCCCCUACUUAUUACAUUACCUUUAAAGCAAACGAUGCUGCCCAUCCUCAACCUUCCAACAGCCCUGCAACAACUUUCCAGGCCCAAGUCUGGAAAAAGAUGGGUAGAGAGGGUCCGUAUAUGGUCAAGUCCUGUUCCAUUAAAACCUAACACCCGCACCAUGGAAAUCAUGUCCAUUGUAUUGUAUCCACCUGCUGUGAAAUUGAUUUUGGUUGUGUUAGACUGACAUGUCGAGGUGAGAGGCUUCCGGGUGUAUUUUAAUCUGUUGGUGUUUCUGUAUGGGGUUUUUGUGCUAGAACAUCUUGGGAUAUUUUGACUUCAUAAUUUUCUUUUGUAAUUUCAAGUCAUCUUAUGUUUGUUAAUUAUCUUUACAAUCGGACGAGCGUUCUUAACAUUUGAUAUGAAUAUAUAUUAUUAUUUAACUUCCAAGUCUUAA